UAGCCACAGAUGAAGACUGAUCAUCAAUCAUGAAGGCCAGAGCUUGUAGAGAAACAGUGGUCAGCUUUUGCUGUCCGAAGUUUGCUGCCAUCUUUCUUUUCCUGGCUGUGUUUGUCUUCAUCUUUUUUCUUUUUAACAUCCUGGAGUUUCAGCAUAAGGUGAUCACCACCUUCCCUGCUCCAAGACCUCACCUGCAACACCUCCUCCACAACUUCCAGCCACAGUCCCCUGAAGAUGCUCUGGAGGAACGCCUCCUAUUAGACUCCAUUGCUUGGCCUGAAACUCCAUCCUUGCCAGAUCCUCUUUCCCUGGAGCAGACCACCGAUCCUGCCCACAGCAUCUUCACUAUUCUCCCAGAGAAGGAUGGACGACAGUGGCAUGUAGGGGAUCAGCUGGAAGUUAUGAUCAAAUUGUAUGACUUCCAGGGCCAUCCCAAGAAGUCUGGGGGAGAUGUCUUACUCGCCCGUCUGCACAACCGAGGACUUGGUGCAGGUGUGGCUGGACAAGUGCUGGAUCAUCUCAAUGGCUCCUACUCUGCUGUAUUUUCUUUACUCUGGGAGGGAAGCGCACAAGUUGAGGUGACACUGGUUCACCCCAGUGAGGCUGUCACAGUGCUGCAAAGGUUGACCAAAGAACAGCCAGACAGGGUUUAUUUCAAGAGCGUCUUCCGCUCAGGCUCAGUCUCUGAAACUACCACCUGUAAUGUCUUCCUGCAUCCAACCCAGCAGCCACUGUGCAACUACACUGACCUCCAUGCAGGUGAGCAGUGGUUCUGCUACAAGCCAAAGAAGCUGAGCUGUGAUACCAGGAUCAACCACUCCACGGGAGGAGUCAAUCCAAAACUCAAGGCCAAGGAGAAAAACCUCUUUAAAAGUGGUGUCAACAUGAAAGUCUCUAUUAAGGCCUCAGGAUCAGCCAAUGUCAACGUGUUGCCAAAAAUGAAAGGUCAACCAGAGGUAAAGAGCAGCAGUGUGAAGUCUGGACCCUCUGGCUAUUACUAUCAGGAUACAUGGCAAGCCCUAGGUGGCACCCCAGUCCGCCAGUUCAGCACAUCCUCUGCCAUCAGUCAAUGUCUGAAAGGCAAGGUGGUUCACAUGCAUGGAGACUCUACCAUCAGGCAGUGGUUUGAAUACCUCAAUGCAGCACUACCAGAUCUCAAGGAGUUUAACCUGCACAACCUGAAGCAAGUUGGGCCCUUCAUGGCCUUAGACUAUGCAAACAACAUUUUGGUGACAUUCCGCUGCCAUGGUCCCCCUAUCCGUUUUACCAACGUCCCAACCAAUAAUCUGCGCUACAUUGUCAAUGAACUAGAUGGCUUAGUUGGAGGCAUCAACACUGUCGUCGUUCUUGGCAUCUGGGCACACUUCAGCUCGUACCCCAUUGAGCUCUACAUCCGACGGCUGCAGAGAAUCCGCAGGGCGGUGGUGCGGCUGUUAGACAGGGCUCCAGAUACACUGAUUGUCAUCCGAACCGCAAACCUCAAAGCUUUGUCGCUUGAUGCGGCGCUGACCAUGAGCGACUGGUACUCGCUGCAGCGUGACAAGGUGCUCAGGGCCAUGUUCAAAGGACUGAAUGUCCAUCUGGUGGAUGCCUGGGAGAUGGUUUUGGCCCACCACCUGCCACACGACCUCCAUCCACAACCUCCCAUUAUCAAGAAUAUGAUAAACGUCCUCUUGUCCUACAUAUGCCCUCAAAAGGGUGGCUAGAUGUGUGUUUGUUGGGAGAAAGGAGCGAGAAUUCAAAUACUUGUGCUGAGUUUACAUGUUAUCUCCAUGUUUCUGCCAGGUUCUGAAAUGCACCUGAUAUUUUUCUACCAUUUUUCUGUAUUUAAUUAGGGAUAUCGAUAAAGCACAAAUGCCUGGAAAAAAAAGCUUGAUCAGCUGUCAAUCAGCUUUAACAGAUGAUUAGCUGUUAGUCGGCUUUAACGGCUGCAGAGACCUUUUAGUUUGUGUCCGCACACAUGUACACUGUGCUAAUACUAAGAAAGGUCACUGCCAGAGCAGCUGUGUUUUCUCUCUGCAGCCUGUUACCUGUUUAACAAACACCUGCACAUGAAUUAAAAACAUGCAUUCUGUAUUUAUACUGUACUGUGUCCUGCUCAGAGGCACAUGAACCAUUUCGAAUGGCAGAAUGCUUUUACAUUAUUUAAUAAUUUUUUGAGUCUGUAUGUACUGAUAUUCUAAUUGUGAAUUCAUUAUUUAAUAACCCGAAAUAAGAUCAUGUUGUCUUUUGAACAAUGGAAAUUGUUUAUUAAGCUAAAUGUUUCAGGGAAAAUAUGUAACUUAUAUCAAACCCAACACUCCCAAUUUUCAGCCUCACAUGUGACUGAAUGGAUAUGAUGACA